AUGCGCACUUCAAUUCAUCUCUAUUUCCUAUUAACUCAUGAAAUGCAUGAUAGACUGCCUUCCUCCCAGAUUCGUUUACUUUAUUCCAUUUUGAAUAAAAUAUUUCACUACCAUAAUUUGUCUCGACACCAGCUUCAUGUAGGUAUUCUAAUUUAUGGAUCCUUGGCCCUUAUCAAAGAGGUAGUUAUUCCAUACACGUCACGUUUUGUGGUAUUGGAUUCAGGCUCCGCAGGCAUCAUAGGAGUUAGGUGCCAAGUACCAUUAUGUGCCGCUUGCAAUAUCAUAUUAAUAUCAGGAGAAUCUCCCAAGCCGAUUGCUAUUAUAUCGUUGACUUCCGUGUCAACUGGGUCACCGUUGAUGUCUGUGUAA